UUUUUUUUUUUUUGAUAUAAAAUGGCAAAAUUGAUUGACUUACCACGAGAAAUAAUAUCGUUGAUUUGUUGCUCAUUAAAGCAAGCUACAAAAUAUACUUGUAUAUUUUUAAAUAAAGAAUUCCAUGAUGCAGCUAUACCUGAGUUAUGGAGAGAACCGAUAUUGUCAUCAACAGAUACACUUAAAAAAUUUAUAAAAUGUUUAGAGUUAUCGAAAUGCCAAAGAGGCGAAUGUGUACGAGUUAUGAAACUAGGCUAUAAAAUCAGUUUAACAGAUGAAGAGCUUAUUAAUUUGCUUCAUUUGAUGCCCAAUUUAGAAGUAUUGGAGUUAAGGAAAGCCGAUACACUAACAGAUAAAAGUCUUAUGCUUGUAUCUCACUAUUGCAAACAGUUAAAGUCGUUUGGAGUCACAGGUGCACUCAUGACCUAUCGUUCAGUUCAUUAUCUAGGUCACUGUAAACAGCUUCGACGACUCACUUUUGCUUGUUGUCAAUAUCUCACUCCCUUUGCUCUUUUACCAUUCGAGCAAUUGAUGAUUGAAUAUUUAGAUAUAUCAGGAUGUAAAUGGUUAAAUCUGAAAGAAACAGCUUAUGAUCUUGGCUGCUUAAACUAUUUAACUCAUCUUAAUCUAGUGUGUUGCAAUACAGUAUCUAAAGAAUUUAUUCAUCAUUUAACUACAUCAAGAGAUGGGAAGCCAUGUUUAUCUAAUUUGCAUGAUUUCUCAAUUACGGGUGGCUCACUUCUUGAUGACGAUGCCAUCAUUCCCUUCAUCAAGACACAUACACAACUGAAGGGUUUAUUUUUAUUAGAAUGUGCUAUUACGGAUCAAACCUUACAAGUCAUUGGCUCACAGUUAACUUUCUUACAUAAUCUGGAUUUAUCCUUUUGUCAUAGACUAACCCCCAACGGUGUUCGUCAACUGAUACGUCAAUGUAAGAACUUGAGAUUAUUGGGUCUCAAAAGCUGUGGUAUGACGCAACAUGAUUUUCCAGAGAUCCCACAUUAUGCCUUUCCUUCUGUUAAUGAAAAUAAUUAUCCUCAUAUCAAUACAUUGGGAUACAUUGAAUUAGCUUACAUUCGAGAAAAGAAUCAUGAAACAUAUGGUUCUAUUCAUACCUUAUAUAUUUAUAUAUAUUUUUAUAUAUAAAAAAGAGAGAAAAAAAAGUCAAUAAACUAUUUCCUAGAUAUAAUAUAAAAGUUUUGUUAAAUUGAAUAAAGCUCCUUAUAUAUAAAUAUUUU